AUGUCUAACUCACUUACGAUAAAUACCGAAUCAUGGUUUAUUCCGUUGGAUAUUGUGACGAUAGUGUCUAUUGCUUUAACCAUUGGACUUGCAAUACUUAUUUUACUAAUUAUUCUCAUUGAUAAAACAUGUCAUACAGUUCCAAUGAUGUUAAUUGCUAAUUCAUGUUUAGCUGAACUUAUAUGUGCAAGUGAUUCACUUGGUAUGACUAUUUUCACAUUACAUAAUGAUCUUCAACAAAUUCCGUAUCCAGAUUCAAUGUGUAUAUUUCGAGGCUAUUUAAGUUAUGCUUCAUGUGCUGUAAUGAAUUAUUCUUUUCUUUUACAAGCUAUCUAUCGAUAUGUUGUUGUUGUUUAUCCAAAUUAUUUAAUUUUUCAAUCAACUCGAUUUCAAUUAUUCUUCAUUUGUGUAACAUGGACCUUGGGUUUUGUAUACCCUAUCGGAUUUAUGUCCAAUGGUAAUAUUACUUAUGAUGUUGACAACCAAAUCUGUCAAAUAUCUCUUGGACUUUCCUUUCCAAUGAUUUUUGUAGCACUUUGUAUCUAUACAAUUCCCAUUUCGUUGAUAAUGUUUGUCUAUUUCAAAUUAGUUCGAUAUGUUAAAACGAUAAGUAACCUUGUAACACCUGCAAAUACAUUAAUUCGUGCUCGACGAGAAUUAAACAUGUUCCGACGUAUAGUUAUAUUUGUAACGAUUCUAGUGGUACUUGGUAUUCCAUAUAUAACCUUUAUUUGUAUGUCAUUUUUUAUUAGUCCUCCAAAAUAUCAUCUCCGAAUUGCUUGUAGUGCAAUAUAUGUCUCAUUAGCAUGUGUGAUCAUUGCUUUAUUUCAACUCACACCACCAUUGAAAACUUCUAUAAUGAAACUAAUAAGUGGUCGACGAAAUAAGAUAACACCAACCGUAGCAUUCAUCAUAGGAAAAACUAAUACUUAA